AUGGCCGGCACUUCCGCAAAAUUGACGCUGCUACGAAUAAUCUCUUUGCGGUUUAAAAAGGUUCUUAUUUAUACAACUAUUUGGCCUUUUAAUGCCUCCGAACGUAAAGCAAGCUCCUAUGCUGUUGUAGACUGUGAUCAAGCAAGAAGGGAAGUUAGUGUCCGCACUGGAGGAGUGACAGAUAAGACAUCAAGAAAGACUUACACAUUUGAUAUGGUUUUUGGAGCUCAGGCAAAGCAGAUUGAUGUAUACCGGAGUGUUGUGUGUCCCAUUUUGGAUGAAGUUAUUAUGGGCUACAACUGUACAGUGUUUGCUUAUGGCCAAACUGGUACUGGUAAGACCUUCACAAUGGAAGGGGAGCGGUCACCCAAUGAGGAAUAUACUUGGGAAGAGGAUCCGCUAGCAGGUAUAAUACCCCGUACAUUGCAUCAAAUAUUUGAGAAACUCACAGAGAAUGGUACCGAAUUUUCAGUGAAAGUCUCUCUUUUGGAAAUCUAUAAUGAGGAGCUUUUUGAUCUUCUGAAUCAUACUCCUGAUGUUGGAGAAAGACUGCAGAUGUUUGAUGACCCUCGAAACAAGAGGGGUGUAAUUAUUAAAGGCUUGGAAGAAAUAACUGUACACAAUAAAAAUGAAGUCUACCAAAUCCUGGAAAGGGGUGCAGCAAAAAGAACAACUGCAGCUACUUACAUGAAUGCAUAUUCCAGCCGUUCCCAUUCUGUGUUUUCGAUUACCAUCCAUAUGAAAGAAACGACAAUAGAUGGAGAAGAACUUGUUAAAAUUGGGAAGCUAAAUUUGGUUGAUCUUGCAGGAAGUGAAAAUAUUGGUCGAUCUGGGGCAGUUGACAAAAGAGCUCGUGAAGCUGGAAAUAUCAACCAGUCUCUCCUGACACUAGGAAGGGUUAUUACUGCCCUAGUAGAAAGAGCCCCACAUAUUCCAUACAGGGAAUCUAAACUCACAAGAAUCCUUCAAGACUCUCUUGGAGGACGAACAAAAACAUCAAUAAUUGCCACAGUUUCUCCUGCAUCAAUAAAUCUUGAGGAAACACUGAGUACACUGGAAUAUGCCCACAGAGCAAAGAACAUAAUGAACAAGCCUGAAGUUAAUCAGAAGCUAACAAAAAAAGCUCUUAUUAAGGAAUAUACUGAAGAGAUUGAGCGUCUGAAGCGAGACCUUGCUGCUGCACGAGAAAAAAAUGGAGUCUAUAUUUCCCUUGAAAAUUAUGAAGCCCUUAAUGAAAAGCUGACGGUUCAGGAAGAACAAAUUGCAGAGUAUAUUGACAAAAUCAGCAUCAUGGAGGAAGAAGUGAAAAGAAUCACUGAACUAUUCACAGUUAGUAAAAAUGAACUUGAACAGUGUAAAACAGAUCUGCAAUUCAAGGAGAAAGAACUGGAAGAAACACAAAAAGAUCUGCAAGAAACCAAGGUUCAUCUGGCUGAAGAAGAAUAUGUGGUUUCAGUUUUGGAAAACACAGAACAAAAACUUCAUGGCACAGCUAGCAAGUUACUCAGUACAGUCGAAGAAACUACAAAAGAUGUAUCUGGUCUUCAUGCAAAACUGGACCGUAAGAAGGCUGUUGAUCAACACAAUGCUAUUGUCCAAAAUACAUUUGCAGGACAAAUGAAUGUUUUGUUCAACAAAAUACAAGAUUCAGUUAGUGAAAACAGUUUGAAGCAGCAACAGAUGUUGACAUCUUACACAAAUUUUAUAGGUGACCUCCUGUCUACCAGUUCUUCAGCAGCUAAUAUUCUUGCAUCGGUUGUAUCAGCAUCUUUUGCUUCUGUUAAAGAAUUGGUGUCUACUGAAGUUUCUCACAUGUCUGAAAAAAUAGCACAACAUGAGAAUCUGUCACUUGAUUGUAAAGCUGAGCUGCUGAGAUUAAUUGAGGAGCAUACAUCUGGAUUGGGAAAAGCAUUAAAUAGCUUGACACCAAUGGUAGAAUUUGUCCUGGGGCUAAACUGUCAUUUUCAGAGUAACAUGAAGAAAUAUUCUGCUGUGGCUGACAAGAUGGAGUCUCAUAAAAAGGAAAUGGAUACCUUCUUUGGUGAGCUUUCUCUCACUCUGAAAAAAUUACGGGAAGAAACGGCCAGUGUUUUUGCUCAGCUUCAGAAUGAUUGUGAGAACUUAAAAGAAGAAGUGGAAAUGACGAGGUUGGCUCAAACAAAGAGCACAGCUGAACUAAUGUCCUCGCUGCAAAGCCAGCUUGACCUGUUUGCUCAGGAGACUCAGAAGAACUUAACUAAUGUGCUCGCAAAAAAUGGAAGCCUGAAGACAACCAUCACUGCUGUGCAAGAAAAUGUUCACCUGAAAACUACAGACCUAGUGAGCAGUACAACUUCCAAUCACAGCAAAUUUAUUGCAUCUCUGGAUGAUUUCUCUCAAGAACUCAGGAUUAUAAAUGCUGAAAACAAGAUGAUGCUAGAAGAAUCCACUGACCGCUGUCAACAACUUCUCAGCAAUUUCAAAAAUGUGUCUCAGGAUACUGAUAAAUGGGGUGAAUUUACAACUGCUCAGAUAGUUAACUUUACCAAUCAGCAACUAUUGUCUUUCAAUGAUGAGAAACGGCAACUUCAUUGUUUACAAAAGAAAAAUGAAGAAAACUGUGAUAAAGCAAUAGGUGAAAUUGCUGACCAUAUUGGUAGACAAAUGGCAGCUGAGGAGAAGGUACUAAAUGGCCUUCUUGAUCAGAUAAAGGUUGAUCAGGAAAUACUUCUGGAGCAGAAGCUGGCACUUAAUGAGGAAGCACGGUGUGGACAGACUCAGGUUAAUGGUUUCUUGCAAGAGGAUCUUAAAGUGGAUAUUCCAACAGGGACAACUCCACAGAGAAGAGACUACUUCUAUCCAGUCACGCUUGUGAGAACAGAGCCCCGGGAGCUUCUACUGGAGCAAUUAAGGCAAAAGCAACCAAAACUUGAUGCUAUGCUAAACAGUGUGACAAAGGAGGUGGAGGAUAAUGCAGAUCAGGACCUGUUGGAAGAAGAGGAAAGGUUGCAAGACUCCAGUGAAAGCCUUUCUAGUGACAAAUCCUUAGUCGAUAGAAACAUAAGCUGCCAUGCAAAUGGUGGCAUUCCCUUUUUCCAGCACAAAAGGAGUCACAAAAAGGAUAAGGAGAACAAAUCUGCAGCUACAGUGGAGAAGAACAAAAUGGAGGAGGUGACGGAACAGUUUCUUCCCAAAUCUAAGCCUCCUUUAAGAUCACUGAACUAAGCUAUAUCCACUCUAGAUCCCUGUUUUGAAAAACUUAGGUCUAAUUGUCUACUGAGCCAUAACUUUGGUUAUUCUCAGUCUCUGUAUAUAGUGAUACCUUGAUGCAAAGUUGGAUCAAAAGACUGGCCUGCCAGAUGUCCUGCCUUUGUCCCAUUUUUAUACGCUUUAGCUUGUAAAGUAUUAACAGACUUUAAAAAAAAAAACAAACCACCCUGCAGAUUAUGGUGCUGUGUGUUAAAUAGACUUUUAUGUUGUCAAGUAAGAGAUCCUUCUCUGUUUCUCAGUAGAUUUAAAACAGAGCAGAAAGGGAUGUGGAAAAAUGCUUUGUCGGCAAUACAAGCUACCAUUUUAUUUUUUUAAUUACCUGUAAAUAAGAGUUCUGAUUUUGUACCUGCUUUUCAGUCUGAUUCCUGUUUCUAUGAAGUAGAUAGCUGUCUUUUUACUGGGAUACUUCAACUAAAUCAUUGAGAGAUGGAAAGCAAAUGUAUAAGCACCUCCCUCAGAGUAAACCAAGCUUACAUGACUAAUUUAGCAAAAACAUUAGCAGCUAUGUCAUAAGUCUUGUGCUGUCAGAAAAGGAUGGUUCCCUCCCUUCUUUUAUAAUAGACAAUAGCUUUAUUUCAGUGCCUCUUCUGUAUAUGAAAGCUAGUCUCACUGCUGGGUUUGGGGUUUCUUUGGUUUUUGUUUUGAACCCACUGUUCUUAUCUUCCUCUUAACCUGCAGCUGAGAUGUGUUGGUUGGAUAUGAUGAUGUCAACCACAGCUUAUGUAUUGUAAACUGGUAGCAUUUCUUUUAAGAUGUAGAUACUUAACAUUAAAACAUGCAAACUUGGUUACAAAUGCAGCUCCUAUGUUGUAAAAUAACAGUGAUUUCUCGGUAUUUGACAGUAGCGCAUGACCAGCUGCUCUUUUCAUGCUGCUUACCUGAGAAUUUGAAGAAAACUUCAAGCUAUGAUGUGCUAAAAAAAGUAGAUGAAUAGAGUUAUGAUAGGAGUGGGGACAGACACUGGAAGGCAGCCUUAACUUACAUUGAAGCCCUAUUCUUAGCUAAUCGUCAAAACAUGAUUUAAGAGAUUGUUCACUUUUCUAUAGCUUGCAGGCUCAAGCUGAUCUUUCUUCAAAGGAGUGGUCCAUAUGACUAUUUGUCUUUGAGCAAGUAUGCCAACUGGAUAUACUUUGAACAUCAUUCAGACAGCACACUGCCAUCCUGAUGAUGGAUGUAAUUUGAAGUAUGCCCUUGCACUGAUUCUCUGAACUGUAGCGUUAGAUCAUUAAUCAGUUGUGUUUGUCUGAAGCACCUAUCUUACCUCUUAUUUAUCCUAAAAGCUAAUUGUUUUUUCUUAACAGCCUGAUAGGAGGAGGGAAAGCAUUAAUUCCCUUUCAAAUUAGUAAGAGACAUGAAUAUGGAUUCUUAUUUUUUUUAUUUAUUCUACGGGGGUGCUAUGAUACCUUGGUACCUAGCUUAUAUACCAAAUCUUUCUAUUGUUGUAAGGGACUUGAAACACUGGCAGCUGCAGGACUGUCUCCUUCAGAGCGUGUUUGGCAUAUUGUCAAAUUCUGGCACCAGAAACUUAAUGGACUUAAGAACUCUCCGUGGCCAUUUUCUUGCACCAUGUGCUUGUUAACGCUGACUAGUUAUUAGCAUGUUUUUCCCAGACUGUUCAAGAAAUCAUUUACUGACUUAAAAUGCAACUAGAAGAGCUGAUCCCACAGCUGUGUAUUGGAGUGGCCUAAGCCAAAUGCGAGACGCUUGUGCAAGCCUUCACCCUACUACUUCAUUUUCUGUAUGGAGUUCACAAGAUCAGUAUGUAUGAACAAACUGGACCAGCCAGUACCUGAGGAGGGUCGCAUCCAUAAAAUUAUGUCAGAAUCUGUGCUUCCUUGCUUUAUCCCCUUUGUCUACCUUAGCUAUUUGGUUUCCCCUGGUACAGGCACAAGCUGCUUUCCUGAUAAGGGGGAGCCUUAACAGCUGUAUGUAUUUCAUGGACUGCUUGCAUGCUUUCUCUUUUCAUAAAGUACACCUCAGAGUCAUGUUUUCCUUUGUUUGCAGUACAGGCAUGGCAGAUCAUUGUUUCAUUGGCCCUGGUGUCCAGAGGUCACACCAGAAAGCUGAAUAGGAUGAAAAAUCCGGAUGUAGAACCUGUCUUGGCUUCUCUGUCAGUGUCUCUUCUCCCACUAGAUGGCUCUAACACUAAAGUGUUAGUCCAAAGCUCGAGUACUGGUCACUAACCACAACUUAGAAACAAUAAUUUUGCCAAGCCUUUUGUCAAGCAUCUGCUAAAAGAACAGGUUUCAAAAACUAGCAUCGAAUUUAUGAUUCCACGAGGAUAAUUCUAUAUUCAAGCUUGGGUGAGGGGUUGUUCUGAAGAGCUGCAUUUGAGAAAAAGAUGAUCCAACCUAUGGCUUGAACUUUGCUGCGGGCCGAUAGACACUCUCAAUAACUGAAUUCUUGUCCUGACCUGCUCUCUGGGUUCCUGACCAUGUGGGCAUUGCCCAAAGUAGAAAGCAACACCUAUAUAUUUUGGUAUAUUGUACAAUGUAUGAGAGAAGGAGAGAAGGAGGGUAAGAAAAAUAAAGCAAGAGUUGUUUCUUGUACAUAGUCACUAGAUUCGCAGAGAGAAGAAAUGGCAUGGUCCAGGCUAGCUUAUGUGGUGGUUUGAAUUUGCUGUGUUAUAAGGCAUCCAUUUUAAGGAGGGUAGGAAGCCAUUUUCACAGGAUAAACAGCAAGGUCAUACCCUGACUGAAUUAGUCCAGCUGAGCGUGAGGGAGCGUGGUGGUGGCUGGGGCUGUAGUAUAUGGCUGUGUUCUUAUUAACUUGAUGAGGUUUUUUGGAUUCUGGAUUAGUGGCCAAGUGGGACAGUCCUUGAUUUAACAAAAAACCUGGGUGGGAUGAAUGCAAUGUGGGGAGCUGAAAUGAGGAAAGAUGAGAGUUUAAAUGCAUGUAAAGGGAGAAUGCAGAGAGCACCAUGAGAGGGCUGUGGGAAGCACAGAUAAUUAGAGCCACCAGCUUCCUUUUCAAGUGACAAAUGAGCAGUUAGGAGGAAACAAAGGAAAGGAAACUUCCUGCUUCCUCCUGGAAAUCGGUGAGCUGCAGCACCUACUGCACCAUAGUUGUUGGAGGAUGCAAUGUUUAUUUGAAGAGAAGAAAGAUGACCAAGCUGACUGGCUGCUGUGGACAGCUGGGUUUAUUCUGGGUAUCAGAAGCAAUUGCAUGGGGCUAGAGAGGAGUGAGGAGAAGGCGGGUAGUUGCUAGACUGCCUUUAUUCAUUCUGUUAGGCGUCAGUCACCAUGGCAAUCGUCUGUUAAAUAGGUAGAGGAAACAAGAGGUAGCCUAUAGCUCUUCAGGGUGAUAAAAGAAAAAAUAAAGCUAGAAGGAACUGGAAAAAUAAAAUUGAAGUUUAACAUUCCUUUUCCGUCAAAAAGAUUGCAGGGGAAAAAAAGAAAGAGUUCUAAUGUUCCAGAGCACUAAAAACAGGAAAAAAGAAAUACAUUUUAAGAUACAUAGUUGGUAAUUAUAUUUAAACAAGUGUUUACAACCAUUUGACAACUAUUUUUCUUCUUUCCCUGGUAGAAACUACAUUUUAUGGUAGAGGAAAAUGCUCUAUAAACUGCAUGCCCACCCAUGCAGUUACUUUAUAAAGUUAAAUAACAAUAAAUCGUGCUAGGCUUUGCAUUAGUAGGCUUUUUAUGUAACAUACUAUCACAGGUGAGAUGCAGACCACCUAGUAAAGUAGGCUGUUGUUGUAGGUUGAACACAAACUUGAUCCACAGCAGCAUUGCUAUGCUCCAUCUUGAAAUGUUAAAAGUAUGAACACAGUGCAGCAAAGUGAAUGUUUAAAUCCCUGUGUUCUGAGUACUUCUGAAAUCAUCUUUGGUUUCCCUAGUAAAGGGAAACCCUAGCUACCGAAAGGAGGGCACCUUACAGCUACACAUGUGCCCUUUGGGCAGAUAGAGGAGCGAAUGCUCAGUUCCAGCAGUCUCUUGUCAGGGAAGAAGCUGGAAAUGAGCUGCCAUUUUUUAUAUGUGGUCUGAAAAGUGUUCCAUACUUCCAGAUUUCUAGAACUUAAUGAGAAGACUGAUGGC